UCUCCUCAGACUAAAACCAGGCGGGAGCUGCAGAGGAAGAGGAGGAGGAAGAGGAGGAGGAGGAACAGAGAGGACGAGAGACGCAGCAAACACAGACACACAGAGGAGGAGCAGGUUCACCCGGAGAACCAGGACCAGGUUCAGGACCGGGACCAGGAGCAGCAGCAGGUGCGGGGCCGCAGUUCCGGAUGUAGGUGUUGUUUCAGCGCAGUUGUUGCGGGAAUGUGCGGCGGUUGGUGAGUGUUUGCGACUGAGGAGGAGGAAGAAGAGGAGGAGGAUGGGAGGAGGAAGCCUCGCGCUUUGCCUCGCUCUGCACAUCCUGUCUGUGCUGCAGACGGUGCUGGUCAGUGCUGGUCAGUGUGACUCAGUGUUUAAAGGAUUCUCAGACUGCCUGCUGCAGCUGGGAGACAACAUGGCCAACUAUCCCCAAGACCUGGAUGACAGGGAGAGUCUGCACAAGAUCUGCAAUUACUGGGAUAACUUCCACUCCUGUGCCUCCACGGCGCUGGCCGACUGUCAGGAGGGAGCCACGGAUCUGUGGGAGAAACUGAAAAAGGAGUCGCGCAACCUGGACUUCCGUGGGAGUCUGUUUGAACUCUGUGGCAGCGGAAACGCCGCCACCAGAUCUGCCGACGCCAGGGGCUUCCUCGCCGUGGUCCUCAGCGCGAUGCCCACUGUACUGACUUGGCUGGCGUUUUAACAGAAACACGAGGAGGAAAAGAAUCCAAACACAAAGAAGAAGAAGAAGAAAAAAAAAAGAAAGGGAAAAAGAAGAGAAAAAAGAAAACAUUCAUCAAACUUCACCUAAAAAAUCAAACGGAUGGAUUUGUAUUGUGACGUCACUCUGCGACUGUGUCGGGACGCCUGCUGGCCACGCCCCUGCGCCGCCUCCUUGUCCAAUCACACGCCGCCCUGACCCCGCCUCUCCUCCACAACAUAUUCAACACAGGCUGAAACGACGACAGAAAUGAAAGAGCGAUGUAUUUGCUCGUUUAACACUUGUGGAAUUACAUGACUCAUGAACUAUUCAUGUUCCGUCCGCUCGACGCCUCAGGCUCGAGUUUAACUCUGACCAAAUCAAUAAGUUUAGUUUAAUCACUUUCAUCUGUUUCGUUCUUUCUUUGAAUGCUGGUGGAGACGUCGGCUCCACAGCGCCCCCGUGUGUGAAUGGACUGAAGUGACUUUUGUGUUCUUUGUGUCGUCACAGUAGGUGCUUUAGGUUCUACAGGUAAAACCGGGUGACCUUUGACCCCUGCAUGUCUUUACAUUUAUAGCCUUUGACCUGAGUUUGUCGAGCGCUAACGGCGCCUGUGUCUUAGUUAAAGUUUAAAAUCCAGUUUAGACUGAAGUUUAAAAACCUGCAUGAAGUCACUUCAAAGGAAAAUGUUUCAGGACGUGAGCACAAACACAAACAAACAAACAAACACAUACAAACAAACACAAAUAAACAAACACAAACAAACACAGGAGAACAUGUUCACUAAUGCUAAUAUUUUGGUAAUGAUGUCAUAGAAAAGGUCAAACGCAGCUAAAUUUGACAGCUACCGGUAAUAAUGUCGAGCUAGCUAAAUCUCAGUCACUAGCUAAGGUUAGCUCGUAGCUUAGCAGCAGACGAACGGUGUAAAGUAGCUAACGUGUUGUUUGUUCAUGAACAGAUCUAGCUCAAGGUUCAGUUCAGCCUUUCGUUAGCUAAACGUCUUUUUUAUUGAGCUGAUUGUGUCCUUUAGCUAACAGGGUAGCUUGGCUAGCGGUUAGCUUAAAGAGACAGAGACAACAUUGGUUUGUUUACAAGCAGAACAGAGUGAACAAGCUGAUUUUGUCCUUUAGCUAACAGGUUAGCAUGGCUAACAGUUGAGUUAUAGAUGGUGUGGGUGUGGUUUAGUGGAUAAACCAGAACAGACCGGGUUAUAAAAGAUGAACACACGCUAGUUCACGUUUAUCGCUAAAAUAAAGACAGUCACUAGCUAAACUACAUGAUGCUAGGUUAGCUGAGGUUACUGUAGCAGAGAUUUGAUGACAGCAUCUGGCUAACGUAGUGGACAGAGUUUAGAUGUACUUAUGAACAUUUUUAUUCAGUAUUUUUCUGUGGUUUGUGCUAAUUUCCUGAAACCUCGUCUUUGUCGUGACACGAGAAAAAAAACACGUUCUUUUCCGCCAUUUUGUCUCUGAAGAAAGCGACUGACGGUCGAGACGUUUGA